AUGCGUGCCCUGGGAAAGUCCGCACGCGCGUCGGCGCCGCUGGUUCAGCUGGAGCUGCAAAGAGCGCGCAGCAUCAAAAGGGUGCUGGCUGCAGUGGACAAGCACUUCCAUAUCCUCGAUGCCGGUCACGUGAGUCUGGCACUGCAGAAGCUCGCGGCUCUGCCCAAGGAAAACUCUGAGAGCAUCGAGCGCGAGCUCCUGGAUCUCCUGCGACUAGUGGAGCACCAUGCCGCCCAGCUGCCAGACAAGGAACUCCUGCGCUUGGCCAGGAGCCUCGCAGGCUUGGCCCGCCCCGAGAAUCCGGCCUGGCAGGCCAUCGCCACCACGGUCACGGAGAGGAUCCCGCGCCUCGGCACGGACCUGGCGCCGCUGCUCGCUGCCCUGGCGGCCGCGCGGAGCACCGCGGCAGAGGCCUUCCGAGCAGCCGAGCAGCCAGAGGUCGUGGCCUCAAUGUCAGACGCCACACUGGCUGGGGUCCUCUCCGCCAUGGUUCUCGCUCGGCAACCGCCUGCCAGCAGUGUGCUGCUUGAGGCAGUCACGGCCCGGACUCCGAAUUUCGAAGAGGCAACGCUGCGCCAGGUGUCCGCUGCCCUGGCCAACUUGGGACCCGCCGGGGCUCUCUCGGUGGCCCGACUCAUGGAGGACCUGGAGCUGCGAAAACCGCAGAAUCUCGAGACCUCCACGCAGAUCGCCCUUCUCUGGGCCUGUGCCCGCGCGCCUGCACUGGAUGCAUGUGGCGGUGAGCGAAUGUGCCGAAUGGCGGAUGAGGUUGGCCCCAGGCUGUCCGAGGCCACGUCUGCGGAGCUUUCUCGGCUGUCUUGGGCGCUCGUGCAGGGCCGGCGACACUUCGGCACAGUGGGGGUUUCACUUCUGGAGGCAGCCCUCACCGAGGUGCGCAGGCGCCUUGGGGAGUUUAACAGCUCCCAGCUUUCCACCGUGCUCUGGGCUGCAGCGGAGGUCGCUGUUCAGGCAGACACAGUUCUCCCGGCUGCCGCGCGGCUCAGCUCCUUGGGUCUGGCCGAGCUGCCAGAGGCAUCGCUGGCCUCCUUGACGGUUUCAGUGGCCAAGCUGGGAUUGGUCACUCAGGAGGGCACUUCGCUGCUUGCGUUGGCAGCUGAGGAGGUUAAGCUUCGAUGUGACAACCAAACGUCGAGAACUCCGCUCUCACCGGCGACGCUCUCCUCCGUUCUCUGGGGCCUGGCCGAGCUGCUGCCAGAAGAUGGGCAGAGGCUGCUGUCUGCCUUGGAGCCGACGAUUCUUGCGCAGCUGACGUGGGGCCACUUUGGGCCAAAGCAUCUCGCUCGCUUGGCCCAUGCAGCUGCCAGCCUCCCCGGCCCUUCCGCAGCGCUGCGGGAGGCAAAGGAGAGACGAAAGCCUGGCUACAGGUUUGAGUUUGUUGUCGCUUCCGUCUCAUGA